UCUUCAAGGCGCGGUCCGCGUCCGCCGGCAGAAAAAACGGCUUAAAGGCGACGCGUGGCGCGAUGGCGGCGGCCCCACGCGCGUGCAGGCGGGGCUGGCGGCCGCGCCCGGUGCUGCUGCUGCUGCUGCUGCUGGCGCUGCCGCCCCCGGGGGGCCCACCGGGCGCCGCCGCCUACUUCCCCGAGGAGCGCUGGAGCCCGGAGUCGCCGCUGCAGGCGCCGCGAGUCCUCAUCGCGCUGCUGGCGCGCAACGCGGCCCACGCGCUGCCCGCCACGCUGGGCGCGCUCGAGCGGCUGCGGCACCCGCGGGAGCGCACGGCGCUGUGGGUGGCCACGGACCACAACUCAGACAAUACGUCGGCUGUGCUGCGUGAAUGGCUGGUGGCUGUGAAGAGUUGGUACCACUCUGUGGAGUGGCGGCCGGCGGAGGAGCCCAGGUCCUACCCGGACGAGGAGGGCCCCAAACACUGGUCCGACUCGCGCUACGAGCACGUUAUGAAGUUGCGCCAGGCAGCCCUGAAAUCUGCCCGGGACAUGUGGGCCGAUUACAUCCUGUUUGUGGAUGCAGACAACCUGAUCCUCAACCCUGACACACUGAGCCUCCUCAUCGCCGAGAAUAAGACCGUGGUGGCCCCGAUGCUGGAUUCGCGGGCUGCAUACUCCAACUUCUGGUGUGGGAUGACUUCCCAGGGCUACUACAAACGCACACCUGCCUACAUCCCCAUCCGCAAGCGGGACCGUCAGGGCUGCUUUGCGGUUCCCAUGGUGCACUCGACCUUCCUGAUCGACCUGCGGAAGGCGGCAUCCAGGAACUUGGCAUUCUACCCUCCUCACCCCGACUACACCUGGUCCUUUGACGACAUCAUCGUCUUUGCCUUCUCCUGCAAGCAAGCAGAGGUCCAGAUGUACGUCUGCAACAAGGAGGUAUAUGGCUUCCUGCCAGUGCCGCUGCGGGCGCACAGCAGCCUCCAGGAUGAGGCCGAGAGCUUCAUGCACGUGCAGCUGGAGGUCAUGGUGAAGCACCCACCGGUGGAGCCCUCCAGGUUCAUCUCCGUGCCCACCAGGACGCCUGACAAGAUGGGCUUUGACGAGGUCUUCAUGAUCAACCUGAAGCGACGGCAGGACCGGCGAGACCGCAUGCUGCGGGCGCUGCGGGCGCAGGAGAUCGAGUGCCGGCUCGUGGAGGCCGUGGACGGCAAAGCCAUGAACACCAGCCAGGUGGAGGCGCUGGGCAUCCAGAUGCUGCCCGGCUACCGGGACCCCUACCACGGGCGGCCCCUCACCAAGGGCGAGCUGGGCUGCUUCCUCAGCCACUAUAAUAUCUGGAAGGAGGUGGUGGACCGCGGGCUGCAGAAGUCGCUUGUGUUCGAGGACGACCUGCGCUUUGAGAUCUUCUUCAAGAGACGCCUGCUGAACCUCAUGCGGGACGUGGAACGGGAGGGUCUGGACUGGGACCUCAUCUACGUGGGCCGGAAGAGGAUGCAGGUGGAGCGGCCGGAGAAGGCUGUGCCCCGUGUGAGGAACCUGGUGGAGGCCGAUUACUCCUACUGGACCCUGGCCUACGUGAUCUCCCUGCAAGGCGCCCGCAAGCUGCUGGAGGCCCAGCCGCUCUCCAAGAUGCUGCCUGUCGACGAGUUCCUGCCCGUCAUGUUUGACAAGCACCCAGUGUCUGAGUACAAGGCCCACUUCUCGCCCCGCAACCUUCGCGCCUUCUCGGUGGAGCCCCUGCUCAUCUACCCCACGCACUACACAGGGGACGAUGGCUACGUGAGUGACACGGAGACCUCGGUCGUGUGGAACAACGAACACGUCAAGACCGACUGGGACCGUGCCAAAUCCCAGAAGAUGCGCGAGCAGCAGGCACUGAGUCGCGAGGCCAAGAACUCAGACGUGCUGCAGUCCCCGCUGGACAGCGCCGCCCGAGACGAGCUCUGAGGGGCUGCGGCGGAAACACCAAAGCAGGCAUCGCUGGCCCAGCCUCCUUGUGCUCGCCGGGGACAGAAGGGCCCCCCCCCCCCGCCCCCCAGCACCCUGCGGACCCCUGGCCGGCCGCAGAGGGCCCUCCACGCAAGGCGGUAUCCAGCCAGCUCUUGUUCAGCAAUCACGUGCACGCAGGCAGCUUUAAUGGAGUGCCUACUGUAUGCCGGGAACGGGGCCCGGAACCGGGGGGAUCAGAUGGGAACGAGACACGUUCCUCUCUUCAGGGGCCGAACACCUGAAGUCCCCGCUGUGUCCCAGGCUUCUGUGUUAGCGGCAGUGAGCGAGGCGCAGUUAUUCCGUAGGCCAGUGAUCAAUUCAGUCGUCAAGGUUCUACCGAACGCCCCUCCCCCCACCGCCCCAAGAAUCAGCACUAGUGAUACACA